GCAACGUAGUAUUAGUGAUGCAGUGGCUGUCGGAAGAAAAAUAGUGGGUCACUUUAAGCACUCUGCACUUGCAUAUUCACGUUUGGAGAACAUUCAAAUUGAGCUCAAUAUGCCACCGAAGCGUCUGGUACAAGAUGUGCGAACACGGUGGAAUAGCACAUAUUAUAUGAUGGAGAGCCUCAUCGCUCAAAAACGAGCCUUGUGUGCAUAUUCCGCGGAGCAUGACCUGCCAGCCACACUGUGUGCACGUCAGUGGGGGCUACUUGAAAAGAUCGUAGCAGCUCUGGCCCCCUUUGAGGAGUUGACAAGGGAGGUAAGCUCCUCAUGGUCAUCAGCAUCUGAUGUUAUCCCCAUCGUCUGCGUCCUUAAGCGCGUUCUGUCUCGACGAAAUGAAAGUGACGAGGGAAUAAGGACGAUGAAGAUCACCCUUCUCGAGGCUGUUAACAGACGCUUCAAAGAUGUAGAAUCUGAGCCACUAUAUGCAGUUGCAACACUGCUGGAUCCAAGAUAUAAAGACAGAUACUUCACAAGUGUAGAAAUCUCAAACCAGGCAAAAGCAGCUUUGAUCGUAGAGGUGAGAAAGAUGGAGGAAGUGUUUAAAAGAAGCACAUCAGAUUCCUCAGAGCCAGCAGAGGGGACAUCUUGUGAAUCAGCUGCUGUGGAACCAGCAAGCAAGACUCCACGGAUGGAAACUGCAAGCCACAGCAGACUUGAAAGUAUUUUUGAUGAAAUCCUAAAGGAAAGCUCUGUAGAGCCUGCUCCUCAGUUAACCACCUCAAGUGCAUGUAUUGAAGUGCAAACCUACCUCAGUGAGCCAACUAUUCAGCGCUCAGACAAUCCACUGUUGUACUGGCAAGUCAACCAGCCUAGAUUACCCACUCUGGUUUGUACAGCAGCUAAAUUUCUUUGUGCACCUUCAACAAGUGUGGAGAGCGAGAGGCUCUUCAGUACAGCCUCCAUCAUUAUUGAUGAAAGGAGAAGCAGGCUGACAGCUGAGAAGGCUGAAAUGCUGAUCUUUCUAAAGAAAAACCUACCCCUUAUGUUAAAGUGAAGCAAGAAAAGAGUUCCACAAGUUCAGUAAGACAUCCCACUGUAGGUGUAUAUUUAUGUUAACCAUUAAGUAAGGGUCAAUUCUAGAUUUUUUUUUAAAGUAUAUAUUUUAUGUUGCAUUA